GGUACUUCAGUCGCACGUGUGGUGGACUUGUCGUCACGAUGAACUAAAAUUAACUAAAAUCAAUAACAUUGGCACUCGUUCUCUCAAAGGGUCAGAACUUGAAAGCUUGCCACCGAGCCUAAGAUAACUUUGAAAUGAGAUUGUAGUUUUCCUUCAACCAUGUUUGUCGCUGGUCGACUUUUCUCUUGUGGCAUAGAUCAGGAUUUGUUUGUUUAUUUAAACGGCGGGGAUUUGGUGUUGAGAUAGGUGGCCCAUAGACGCACUGAUCUGUGUUGUGCUGCCAAAACCUCAACGCUUGACGCUGUGGUUGCAUUGCAGUAUACUCUACUACACUCAUUAGUUUCCCAUUUGCUAGCAUAGGUAACUCGAUUCCGAAGUCCGUCAACGAUGACUUUGAUUGCAUUUCAGUUUCAUUGGCUGAUAAUUAAAUAGUGCAUAGGGCAUUUUAGACGGAUCAUUGUAUUUCAUUCAGUUUACUUUUAUGAUUCUGAUCAUGUUGGGAAGCCCUUCCAAUAACGGUGGCAUUAGGAUGCUGGUUCCCCCGGCUCCAACUGACGACAGGCGGGUUGAAUUUGUCGCUCUCACGGCGGUUCAUACCGAGAGAAGUGAACCAUCCACACCGGAACGGGGACACCCCUCUCAUCGCACGGGGCUGCUGGGGACCCCAUUGCCCGGGCCUCCGGGGCCACGGGCGAACACUUCAGCAUCCAAUAAGCGUUACAGAAAGUUUCAGAAUUUCAUGUACAACGUGCUGGAACGACCUCGAGGAUGGGCCUUCAUCUACCACGCAUUCAUUUUCCUGCUGGUCUUCAGCUGUCUGGUGCUGUCUGUGUUCUCCACCAUCCCUGACCAUCAGAAAUUUGCCAACGAGGGCCUCUUCAUCCUGGAGUUUGUGAUGAUCGUGGUUUUCGGGCUGGAGUACUUUGUCAGGGUGUGGGCGGCGGGAUGCUGCUGUCGCUACCGAGGGUGGCAGGGCAGGCUAAGGUUUGCCAGGAAGCCCUUCUGUGUCAUAGACUUCAUCGUGUUCGUGGCGUCGGUGGCGGUGAUCGCGGCGGGCACGCAGGGCAACAUCUUCGCCACGUCGGCGCUGAGGAGCAUGCGCUUCCUGCAGAUCCUGCGCAUGGUGCGCAUGGACCGCCGCGGGGGCACCUGGAAACUGCUGGGCUCGGUGGUCUACGCGCACAGCAAGGAGCUGAUCACCGCCUGGUACAUCGGUUUCCUGGUGCUGAUCUUCGCCUCCUUCCUGGUCUACUUGGCAGAGAAGGACAUCAACAGCGAUUUCUCCACCUAUGCAGACUCCCUCUGGUGGGGAACGAUCACCCUCACCACCAUCGGGUACGGCGAUAAGACCCCGCACACCUGGCAGGGACGCCUGCUCGCCGCCGGCUUCGCUCUCCUCGGGGUGUCCUUCUUCGCUCUGCCCGCUGGGAUCCUGGGGUCAGGGUUUGCUCUGAAGGUGCAGGAGCAACACAGACAGAAGCACUUUGAGAAGAGACGCACACCUGCAGCCAACCUCAUACAGGCUGCAUGGCGUCUGUACUCCACAGAUGCCCAGCGUUCUUACCUCACAGCCACCUGGUACUUCUAUGACAGCAUGCUGCCCUCGUUCAGGGAGCUGACGCUCCUGUUCAGUCACCUUCAGAGGCAGCAGCGUAGCACCAAGAAGGUUCUGCCCGCCUCCUACAACACACUGCUGUCCGGCCUCCGGCCCUACAGCUCCCCCUAUCUGUCGGGGGACAGUAGUAAGAUGGGAUUCCGCGACCGGAUAAGGAUGAACAAUUCCCGUUCGUCCCAGGCCCUCAGGAGCAAGGCCUCGCCGUUGCCCCCCGGAAAUGACCGGCGCUCGCCGAGUCAAGAGAACGUCGCCGAGGCCACGAGUCCGGGAAAGGUGCAGAAGAGCUGGAGCUUCAACGACCGCACGCGCUUCCGCACUUCACUACGGCUGAAGCCAAGACCUCCCGUCGAUGUGGAGGGAACAGGAGAGGAGAGCACUGAGGAUAAGCCCUACUGUGAUGUCACCAUGGACGAGGUGAUCCCUGCUGUGAAGACUCUGAUUCGUGCUGUCCGGAUCCUGAAAUUCCUGGUGGCCAAGAGGAAGUUUAAGGAGACUCUGCGGCCGUAUGAUGUGAAGGAUGUGAUUGAGCAGUACUCAGCCGGACACCUAGACAUGCUGGGCAGAAUCAAGAGCUUACAGUGCAGGGUGGAUCAGAUCAUUGGCCGUGGGGGUGUCCAGACAGAUAAGAAGGUCCGCAUUGAGAAGGGGGAGAAGACGCCACCAGAACUGGAUCAAAUGGACGAGCUGAGCAUGAUGGGACGUGUUGUUAAAGUGGAGAAACAGGUUCAGUCCAUUGAGAACAAGCUGGACCUGCUGCUGAACUUCUACUCCCAGUGCCUGAAGAAGGGCUCGUCCCACUUCACCCUGUCUUCCCUGCUGGAGCCGGACCUCACCUCGGACUAUCACAGCCCCACGGACCAGCGCGAGCUCUUCCCCUCCGCCAACACACUCAACAUCGUCCACUCCGACAGUGGGAACAUGGACUAGGUAGUAGUGGAGCAGAGAGCCGUGGAGAAUCACUGACCCGCACCACUGCAAGAAGAAGACGGAUUCCCACACAGACUGCAAGCUUCAAAAGGAAAACAUGGAACCAAGCAAAACGAGAAUGCUCACCUCUGCACCAUAUCUACACACUCUGUCUGAGUCAACGGCAGCCUUCAGAAGGAUCCCCUGUCUACCUCCAGAUCUGAAGCCUUCCAGCUCUGUCUGUCUUCUUCCAGCUCUAUCUAUCUAUUUCCACCUCUCUCUACUCCCAGCUCUAUCAAUCCACUUCCACGGUUACUACUUCAUCCCAUCCUCUGUGUGUCUACUCUUUAGACUUUCCUCUACUCAUUUUUCCGUUUCCUUAUAUAAAAAAAUUGCCAAUUCCCCUUUAAAUCAUAACUCAUUCUCUCUCUCUUUCUCUCUUAAAGCUCUGUCUCUUCCUUUCUCUCUGUCAUAGUCCUCUCUUCAGUGGCCCUCCACUGUGGACGAGAGCUGAACCCUUUAAUGAACAUUUCAGACUGUCUCCACUAGAGGGCAGUGGCAGAGCAGUGGCAUGCCAAAAGAAAACUGCUCUCCGAAAGGCUAAACAAGGACCUGCGUACUCUACUUCCCUCUCUCUCUGGAGAGAAAGGGGAGUGGAUCAACAUAACUCAACUACUGAGACACUCAGUCACUCACUCACCCACCACCACCUCCCCCUUCCCUCACUGGUCUAUUUUUAAACUACAAGCAACUGUGGGUAUAUCGACUUCUUUUGACAUCCUUUUUUUAUAUAAAUAAGAUUAUACUUUAUACAAGAUUUGAAGAUUAUAUCAUUUCUUGCUGAUGUUGAUUUUGAAUCAGUAGACCUCGAGAUCAAUCAAGGGAUUGUUUUUUGUGUGUGCUUGAUUUGUUUGUUUGUUUGUUUGUUUUUGUUUUGUUUUGUUUAUUUUCCUUAGGAAGAGGUCUGAAAACAUUUGUUUGUUUUUUUUGGGACAAGGCCUACUUUCUGUGUGGCAUCUGUUUGUUCCGUUUUUUUGGGGGGUUGGGGGUUUGUUUUCACCCGGAGCUGAUGCGAGUUGUUUUAGACUUUGCAUGGGUGGAAGUCUGAGCCUCAGCUGAAUG